AGGCUUCCGAGGGAAGUACCCGGAUGAAACCGCGGCUUGCACGAGCCCGCAGGUUCGGUUUCGCUUAACCCCGCCCCCCAGCGCUCGGGUCCAGCCUCACGUGAACGAGCCUCUGUUCACGUGAACGAGAGCGGAGGAAGGAAAAUAUUAACUCUGGAUUUAAGCGAAUUGGUAACUGAUCGUUUAACGUAUCGAUUUGAUUCGGGGCUAUUCAUGUUUUCAUGUCUGGAAGUAAUUCAUGGACCUAAUGAAUUACAUUUUAUUUUAUUUUCAUACAUGUUACUCCUGUAAAGAUGUACUAUUCUGGGUAUUUCACUUAAUUUUACUUUCAAUGUACUUCCAACAGAUACAGCAGCAGAUAAACUGUCAAUUAGAAACAGCGAGAAACCUGCAUUCAAACUGAUAUAGUAGGAGGAAAUAAGAUAAGAUUUUAAAACGGCAUUAUAUGGAUUUUCUGUACAGUUCAAACUCUUUGUAGAAACACAAAAAAGGUAUUUUGAUGUAUUUUGUGUCUUGUGUUCACAGUGCGCAUGCGCGGCUGAAACACGGGGUUGAAAUCAAAUCACGGAGAUUACCGCUACGUCAUUGGCGGAGCGGUCGCUGGUUGGUUGAGCGACGCUGCCUAAUCUAACCGCCGUGGUGCCGCUAAGAGGAGGUGGGGUCACCAUGUUGGAUCGUCCGCUCGUCACAGUUUGACUAAAUAUAGUUGUUGCUUUGAAUAACGUCGGUGGAAGCGGAGCCGAAGCCAAAGACUCCGGCGGCUUCCUCUUCUCUUCCGGCGGCGGCGGAGGGAUCUGUGGACGCGCGCGCCGAGCGGCUAACGUUAGCUCCUCACUGACAGGUCGAAGCUGCUCGCUAGCUCGUCACUGGGAUCGUUGGGACUGAGCUCACGAGGAUUACUUUGUUGAUCGUAUGUGCGGUUCACCCGCCGCGGACGGGUGCUCCUGAGCGGCGGCAGCCCGCUUAACACCCGGCUGUCAAUGGGGGGGAGGUCACGUUAAGUAGUUCCCGUUUGUUGUUGUUUUUAUUUGUUUAAUCAUGGCCGAAGCUCCGCCAGUUUGACGAAUUGGUUUGUUUCCGUUUGUCGUCACACUAUGUGAGAGGAGCGGAUGAGGCCUGGGCCCGACCGCUGGGGCUUGGACCACCGCUCCGGUGCUCCCCGGAUCAGCAGCGUUAAUCACGGCUCGCAGAUUACCCCGGCCUGCAGCAGCUCCACCUGCAGCUCCACCUGCAGCAGCGGGAGGAGGUGGGAACAGCACCUUCACUUGGACCCGUGGGGCAAAGUUAGAGCCGCUCACAUCCGCGCUGUCCAUCAGGUCCGCGAGGCUGCAUCUCCCCUAGAGUGUGGGGGGAGGAGGGGGGACAACUUUGAGUUUCUUUCAUUUGUAUUUAUCACAGUUUUCUUGUUCAGUUGGAGUUUGGUUAGUCUUCCUGCACAGAUGUUCUCCAUCAGUAGGACUUUGACUUAGAGGGGGGGGGCACAUGGUUUGCAUUAUGAUGAGGACAUAAAGCUGCAGGUGUUGGAUCAUUGAAACCUUUAAGUUCAUCAUCAUCAUCAUCGUCCUCAGUGAAUGGCUCUUUGCGGCGCCACGGCUACACAUGUUACAAAAAUGAUGGCCGCUUACAACAGUGGCUCCUCGACGGUAGCCGCCCACCACCCGCAUCACCACCAGCUCCCGCACCUCCCGCCCCCCAACUUGCAACACCACCACCACAACAACAACCACCACGUGGGCCAGCAUCACCUGCAGCACCCUGGCUCCGCCGCCGCCGCCGCCCUGCACUCGGUCCAGCAGCAAGCCUACUUCCCCUCCCCCGCCCCGGGGCAAGCCCCCGGGCCGGUGGCAGCCGCGGCCCCGGGCCAGGUCCCGGUCCAGGUCCCGGGCCAGGUGCAAGCCGCUGCAGUCAAAGCGCACCACCACCGGCACCACCUGCAGCCGCAGCUGGACAUGGAGCCCGACCGGCCCAUCGGGUACGGGGCGUUCGGGGUCGUCUGGUCAGUGACGGACCCCCGAGACGGGAAGAGGGUGGCCCUCAAAAAGAUGCCCAACGUCUUCCAGAACCUCGUUUCCUGCAAGAGGGUCUUCAGGGAGCUGAAGAUGCUGUCCUUCUUCAAACAUGAGAACGUCCUCUCUGCGCUGGACAUCCUCCAACCUCCUCACAUUGACUACUUUGAGGAGAUCUACGUGGUGACUGAACUGAUGCAGAGUGACCUCCAUAAGAUCAUCGUGUCGCCUCAGCCCCUGAGCUCGGACCACGCCAAGGUCUUCCUCUACCAGAUUCUACGGGGACUGAAAUACCUUCAUUCUGCUGGCAUUCUACACCGAGAUAUCAAGCCUGGAAACCUGCUGGUCAACAGCAACUGUGUGCUCAAGAUCUGUGACUUCGGCCUGGCUCGGGUGGAGGAGUCUGACGAGUCGCGUCACAUGACUCAGGAAGUGGUGACCCAGUACUACCGGGCUCCAGAGAUCCUCAUGGGGAGCCGCCACUACUCCAACUCCAUCGACAUCUGGUCCGUGGGCUGCAUCUUCGCUGAGCUGCUGGGGAGACGCAUCCUCUUCCAGGCCCAGAGUCCCAUCCAGCAGCUGGAUCUCAUCACGGACCUGCUGGGGACGCCCUGCAUGGAGGCCAUGAGGACGGCGUGCGAAGGCGCCCGUACGCACAUCCUCAGAGGACCUCACAAGCAGCCAUCACUUCCUGUCCUGUACUCGCUGUCUGGCCAAGCGACCCACGAGGCGGUGCACCUCCUCUGCAGGAUGCUGGUGUUCGACCCGGCCAAGCGGAUCUCGGCGAAGGACGCGCUGGCCCACCCGUACCUGGACGAGGGGCGCCUGCGCUACCACACCUGCAUGUGCAGGUGCUGCUACAGCAGCUCCCCCGGGCGCGUCUACACCAGCGACUUCGAGCCCGUCACAGAGCCCAAGUUCGAUGACGGCUUUGAGAAGAACCUGAGCUCCGUGAGACAGGUCAAAGAGAUCAUCCACCAGUUCAUCCUGGAGCAGCAGAAGGGGAGCCGGGUGCCGCUCUGCAUCAACCCUCAAUCCGCUGCUUUCAAAAGCUUCAUCAGCUCCACCGUGGCUCAGCCCUCUGAAAUGCCUCCGUCUCCGCUGGUGUGGGAGUAGCCUUCAUCAUCGUUGCCCCCCCCCCGGCUGAUGAGCUGCUGAACUGGGACCAACGUGGUCCAUCGUGGCCUCACAGGUCCACUGUGUGAGUGCAUGAGGAGAAACCCACCGAGUGUUGCUUCAAUAAGGGGGGGGGGAUGCCCAGUAGACCAAAUCUGAAUGUUCCAUCUUGUUGCUCCGGUUAGAUGAGAUUUAGAAGUUGUUGUACAUUUUUUAACGUAUAUAUUAAUAUAAAUCUAAAGAAGUCUAUUUUAACAUUUUAACCCCAUUCGGCCACAGCUUGUACUUAUUGAACGAUUAAUAAGCCAAAGAUCAGGAGCCUCGUGUACAAACAAAUCAGUGUGUGUUUGUUGGCCAAACCCCACAAAAAAUAAUAAGUGUAAGAAAUAGAUGUGUGUGUGUGUGUGUGUGUGUGUGUGUGUGUGUGUAUGAGGCCCCUGAACAUCUGUUUAUGAAACGUUUUGAGCAGCGUGAUAAUGAAACUGUUCCUGGUUGAAUAAGGAAAUGUUGAUUAUAAAGUCUUAGAGUUCUGGCCAGAGGUGGGAUCAAGUCACUGUUAGGCAAGUCUCAAGUCAUUGCCCUCGAGUCCCGAGUCAAGUCGAGUCAAAGACGAAGCAAGUCCCAAGUCGAGUCACAAGUCGUACCAUUUUAGUUUCGAGUCAUUUCGAGUCCUUUUAUUAUAGUGGGGACGGGGAACCCUGGGUGAUGGUGCGCUGCCUCACAGACCAUGAACGAGCUGUCUCGUUGAUACGGUCAAAUGGACUGCAGUGAUUGGAUGUUGUUCAGGCAGCGCUCUCUGCAUACAGGUGGCGCACAUUUAUUUGACAGAUGCAGAUAAACAGAGCGGCGCGGUGGUGUGAAAAUAUUUUCCCCCAGUUUUCAUGGGAAGUAGCAAGUCUUCUCGAGUCAAAAGGCUCGAGUCCAAGUCAAGUCACGAGUCAUCGGUGUUCAAGUCCAAGUCGAGUUGCAAGUCUUUGUACGUUUUGUCGAGUCGAGUCUCAAGUCAUCAAAUUCAUGACUCGAGUCUGACUCGAGUCCAAGUCACAUGACUCGAGUCCACACCUCUGGUUCUGGGGAUAUAAAUCUUGUAUUUAAUUCUACGAGUCUCUUCCUUGGAUGUGUGUGUCUGUCGGGACCUUCGUGGUUACGUGAUGACGACUGGAGGAGCAACAGAAGUCUGAUCUUUUUUUUUUCUCCUCGUUAAUUAUUGUUUCUGUUGAAAUGAGCUGAGGCGUCGUGAUUCCUUGCCGUCGCGACCUUUGACCUCUGUCCCUGAGCGGGUCACUAUGAGACUGAGAGGUAUCCUCUGGAGACGGAAAUGGACCCAAAGGACACGCUGGAUAGAAGACAAAGUGUCUCUGACCCAGCGGGUUUGCUCUCUACCUCCCGAGCUCAGUGACUUGGCUUCCUGUUGGUCCAAUGUCUCUCUGACCAGUUUUGAAUGUUCAUUUGAGGCUUUUAUACUGCCCCCCCCCCCACGCAAACACCUGACAUUAGAUGUGUAUUAUUAUGAAUAAUAGCCAAGAUGUCCUCCGACUGUUAGUCCUCGUUUACGCCAUGUUUUUUCGGGGGAGGGGCUAGUCCAGGCGAUUUCUAGACAUUCACAUGAUGUAGGCGUAUCCAUGGUAACGUGCACUGACCUCAUGUUUUUAAAAGUACUUCACACUUAAUCUUCUAUGUUAAGUCACUGGCGUUUAAGAGCAGCCACAUUGCAUUGUGGGAUAUUUAGGCCCUGCAUACUGUAAUAUUUGGUUCUCUACAAUGUUUAAGUAUUAAAUAUAAAUCCAUGUUAGGCAGCAGCUCAUCCAAUCAGAAUCCUGUAUUCAUGUUUAUCUAGUCUGUCUUUUUAAAUCCAGUCAGUGUUUAGUUCAUUAGAAUCAUAUGAUUUAAUUUAGUUGUGUUUCUCAUUUUUUAAUUGAUUCAUGCAUAUUAAGGAUAGACUUUCUUUGAUCUCCAGUUGAAGCAAAGUGAUUUACUCUGAUUGGUUCUCUGAUCUCAUCUGAUUUAUGUCACUGUAGAUUGAAAUCUUUAUUUAAUUAUUUUAUUAUUUAGCUAUUUUCUUAAAUCACAUAAUUAUGGAUGAACGUUAUAAAGGCUCGUAGUCAGAUUCCAGUCAUGAGGAAUGUGUGUUAUUGAUCGUAGGGCGUUCCCUGUAUUUAUGAGGACUAUCGGCCUGCUUAUUGGAGGAUUUUCUCAGGAAUGAGCAUGUGACAUGUGUUCAGUGGAAGGACCCCCCCCCCUUCUGUUUCACCUCUUGUAUGACUCUCAUUUUAAAUAUUACAGUAAUAACCUCCACUCAAAACUACUGGAUUCCUUUUAUUUACUAUCCUACAAUGUUUGUAUAUUUGAUGUUCUAAUCAGAUGCAUUGUAAUUUAAAUACAACCUGCAGUGUGUAUGUAUGUGUGUGUAUAUAUAUAUAUAUACACAUACAUACAUACACACGUGUGUACAGUACAAAACGUACAGAACUCAGGCGUCUGCUGUCAUGUAUGGAAAAGUGUUAGGUCAUCAAAUAUUGAUGAGCACAUUAAAUGUGACGUUAAACGAAGCUUGUGUGUGUUUUCUUUCAUCGAUCACCAAUUUUAUAAAUACACGUUUGUAUUAUGGGAGUUGGUGUACGUUUAUAAUAUUAAUCUUGUUCUUUAAAUUAAUAUCGUAAUAUCAGGUUAUAACCGCGUCGCUUCGUGUGUGGCUUUAUUUUGAAGGUUAUUACCGGAAGUGUACUUGGGUUCCUCCUAGCUAGCUUGAUGACGUUGCACGUUCUGCCACGUCGAGCUUCGCGAGGAAACUCCGCUUCUCAACUUACUGUCGCUACUUUCUACGGUACCGCCGUGAGGAGGGACCCGCUCAUUGUCCCCGAGGACCGGAGGAACCGUCCGGUUGGCUUCAAUUCUCCGCUGUCA